CGUAAGGAAUGUAUCAUAUGUGAAUGCAGUCAUAAACGUCAAAAAUCGAACAAAAGAUUAUUUUUAAGAAAAGAUUAUAUCAAGUGUUUAUUUUAAUUAAAAUUAGUCAUUCAAACUUAAAUUAAACCAUUAAGAGAGUUUAAAGAAUUAAUUCAAGUAAAACAUGAUGCCCGCUGCAGAGGAGGCGCAGAUUUCAAAGUUGUUAUCCAGGUAUAAAAACGUUAGUGCGACCAAAAAAGAUGUUAUUGACGUAAUUACCACGUAUCGCUCCCUGACAUAUAAUUUGCAAAAAUUCGUUUUCAACGAUGGAAGUACUAAGGAGCUUUUCAAUUUGGCUGGAACUAUACCGGUUGUUUAUAAAAAUAACACUUACUACAUUCCAAUAUGCAUAUGGUUAAUGGAUACACAUCCUCAAAAUGCACCAAUGUGCUUUGUAAAACCAACCCCAACAAUGCUAAUUAAGGUAUCAAUGUAUGUGGACCAUAAUGGAAAGAUUUAUUUGCCAUAUCUGCACGAUUGGCAACCGCGUACAUCGGAUUUACUCUCUCUGAUACAAGUAAUGAUUCUGACGUUUGGUGAUCACCCACCAGUUUUUUCCAAACCUAAAAAACAGCCACAAAAUCCGUAUACAGGUUUACCUAUGCCUGGUGGUGUCGGAUAUCCACCUUACCCUACAGCUGCCGGAGGUGCAUUCCCACCUUAUCCGACAGCAAAUAAUUUUGGACCAUUUCCACCGUAUCCCACCGGAGGCAAUUCCUCUGUGGCUAAUCCUAGUACAAGUGCAGGAGGUUAUCCACCGUAUAUGAAUUAUCCACAAGUUCCUGGUUAUAAUUCUGGAUUUAAUUCUUCAACACCAAGUUCCACGGGUACCAUAACAGAGGAACAUAUUAAGGUAUCUCUUAUUAGCGCAGUGGAAGACAAACUACGACGUCGUCUACAAGAGAAAGUUAAUCAAUAUCAAGCUGAAAUUGAAACACUCAAUCGUACCAAGCAGGAAUUGGUAGAGGGCAGUUCAAAAAUUGACAAUGUUAUUGCACGUCUUAUUAGAGAAGAAGUGGAACUUAAAAAAAAUGUAGACAUUUUGCGAGACAAGGAACAAGAACUUGAAAAAAGUUUAGACGCAUUGGAGAAGUCUGAAGGUAUAGACCCAGAUGAAGCCGUUACAACAACAGCGCCGCUAUAUAGACAAUUACUUAAUGCGUAUGCAGAAGAAGCGGCUCUUGAGGAUGCAAUUUACUAUUUGGGUGAAGCUUUACGAAGUGGAGUUAUUGACUUGGAAACAUUCUUAAAGCAUGUACGUCAAUUAUCUCGUAAGCAAUUUAUGCUUCGAGCUAUUAUGCAGAAAUGUAGACAAAAAGCUGGAUUGGCGGGAUAAAUAACACAAUGCCAUAGUGAAAUAAAAUCAUAUAAUGGAAAUUUAAUUUUGUUCCACUAACGUUGGAAUUACUCAACAAAAUAAAAUAAAUA